AUGCGCACCGCGUCCACCACCACCCCUCGCGCGCCGUCCCGCGCGCACGCGCGACGUGCCUCGAUCACACGCGCGUCGUCCGCGCCCACGAGCGCGGCGCGCGUCGCCAUCGCGGGCGGUGGCUUGAUCGGUGCGUCCUGCGCGUACUUUCUCCAACGCGCCGGGUGCGAGGUCACCCUCAUCGAACGCGUCGCCGUCGCGUCCGCGGCGAGCGGUAAGGGCGGUGGAUUCCUCGCCAGAGACUGGGGCGAUGGGUCCGUGACGCAGGCGCUGCAUCGACGGUCGUACGCGUUACACGAGGAGCUGGCGGAGGCGUUGGCGUUGGAGACGUACCGAAAGAUACCGACGCUGAGCGUGGUGGGUGGCGAUGGCUUGGAGGCGGCGACGCCGCUCGUGAGCUGGUUGGACGGUGACAUCGCGAUGUGUCGGAUGAUGGAUGAAAACGGCACGGCGCAGGUGACGCCGAGGGAAUUGUGCGAAAAGCUGCACGCGGGAGCGUUGGCGUCCGGGGCGACGAGCGUGAAAGGCGAAGUCGUCGGUGUGAUGUUCAACGACGAUGGGACCAAGGCUCGUGGAUUGGAAUACGUGAACGAGGAGACGGGGGAGAGACACGCGGUGGAGGCGGAUCACGUGGUGAUCGCGAUGGGUCCGUGGUCGACGCGCGCGAGCGAGUGGUUCGGCAUCAAGGUUCCGAUGACUGGGAUUCGAAGCACGUCCAUCAUGUACGAGGCGAACGAAAAGGUCAUGAACGAGCCCGCGGCGUUGUUCUGCGGUGAAGAUCAAAACGGAUGCCACUUGGAGGUGUACCCUCGAUCCACGGGAGAGGUCUACCUGUGCGGCAUCGGCGGUUCGGAUUACGUGGACGAAUCGAGACUGCUCCCAAACGGAGACUGCGAUCGAAGCGAUAAGAUUACGCCCGAUGACAAACGCGUCGCCGCGGCGAUGCAAAGUUUUGGAGUCAUGUCGAAGAGCAUCGCAGGCGACGGUAAGAAGCCCAUGGUGACGCAAGCGUGUAUGCGACCGUGCGCGCCAGACGCUCUGCCCAUCCUCGGCCCGGUCGACGGCAUCGAGAACGCGUACAUGGCCACCGCGCACAACUGUUGGGGGAUCCUGUGGUCGCCCGUUACCGGCGAGAUCAUCACGCAGCUCAUCACGCAGGGCAAGAGCGAUAUAGACAUCCGACCCUUCUCGCCGACGCGGUUCAUGAGUAGAGGACAGCGCGGCCGAGGAAGGAAAAUGCGCAGCGAAGAGGUGGGCGAGCAGUGGUGA